AUGGGGAGCAUUAAUGGGCCAACCACCGGCAAGCCGGUUCUCUUCUUUGACAUCGACAACUGCUUGUACCCAAGAAGUACCAAAGUCCAUGAUUUGAUGGCCAAGCUCAUUGACGAGUACUUCACCAAGCACCUUGAAAUUCCAUUUGAGGAGGCCGUCACGCUGCACCAGGAGUACUACAAAAACUAUGGGCUCGCCAUCGAGGGCCUCAUGCGACACCACAAGAUUGACCCCCUUGACUACAACACCAAGGUGGACGAUGCUCUCCCCCUGGAGGGAAUUAUCCAGCCCAAUCCUGAGCUUCGGGCAUUGCUUGAGGACAUUGACAAGAGCAAGGUCACCAUGUGGCUCUUCACCAAUGCUUACAAGACGCAUGGCAAGCGGGUAGUUCGACUUUUGGGCAUCGACGAUCUCUUUGACGGACUCACUUUCUGCGACUAUGGACAGCAGCCAUUGAUCUGCAAGCCUGACCCGCGAAUGUACGAGAAAGCCAUGCGGGAGGCCGGCAUAGAACAGCCAGAGAACUGUUUUUUCGUUGAUGACUCUUAUCAAAACUGCGUAAACGCGAAGGAGUACGGGUGGACGGCCACCCACCUGGUGGAAGAGGGGCUCAAGGUCCCCGAGACCCCCGCAUCGCAGUUCCAGAUCCAACAUCUGCUUGAACUCCGCGACGUCUACCCUCAAUUCUUCAAAUCCAAGUCCGCUUAA